AUGCAACACACGUCUUCCACCUCUCGCUCCGCUACCAGCGCCGUCGCCGCCGUCGCCGUCAUGGAGGGCAACGAGGACCUCGUACUCGCGGAAACGGACUGUGAGGUUCAAUAUGAGGUUCUUCUGCAUGAUUUAGAGGAUCCUGGCGCGCCUGGCGAUCCUAGAGACCUCUGGGACGCUAUAGACUAUCCUGAGCUUCCCGCAGACCCUCUUGCUGACCCUGCGCCUUCUGAACCCAUUUAUAUUACUCCUGUUGAUCCCUGCUUAAUAGUCCCUGAAGCUAAUCCUGAGGCUAUUCCUGGUCCCGAAGUCGCGAUACCUCUCCCUCCGACAGACCGAACCUUUCCGUCUAAAACGGAAUUGAAGGCAUUCAUCGACGAGUUUACCGAGCAGCAUGAAUACGCGUUAGUCACCAAGUCGUUACGGCGAUAUGAUCAAGACGGAGAGAUCAAAGUACGAUAUUUGCAGUGCGACCGUAGCAGAUCAUAG